AUGACAACAGCAUUCACCUACGACAGCACUCACACAGUCGAUGUUGUAACCAAAACCAACUAUGAAAACUGCAACUCAGCAAAUCCAAUCAGCACAGACAGAAGUGGAAAAACCACCAUUCCUUUGGCUGAGGGAACAACUUACAUCAUUUGCGGCACCCCCGGCCAUUGCGAUGGAGGUAUGAAGCUUCAAGUAACAACAUCCAAAGGUUCAACCCCCAGUGGCAGCACACCACCUCCAACAACGUCGCCAAAAACCCCAUCUACUACUACUCCUGCAGGCUCAGGAACUGAACCAGUUUCUUCUCCUCCACCAAACAAUGAUAAUGGAGUAACGGCACUUUCAAUUAGUCAUUUGGUGUUUGCUCUAUUACAGCAUCAGACACCAAAACCAGCUAAAUCUAUCAGCCAACAAGAUUUCGGGUUUUAG